AUGAACUAUCUCGACCGCAACAACAUCGCCGCCGCCCGUCUUGGUGGUCUGGAAGAAGACCUCGGUCUGAGCCCCACGCAAUACAGCACAUGUCUGUCCAUUCUCUACGUGGGAUAUAUCCUGAUGCAGGUUCCGUCCAACAUGAUCAUCAACAAGAUCCCGCGUCCGUCGCUCUACAUCGCCGUCGUAAUGCUCAUCUGGGGCAUGAUCUCUACUCUAUCGGGAAACGUGACAAACUUCGCCGGCAUGGUCGCGAUCCGUUUCUUCAUUGGCUUCGUCGAAGCCGCCUUCCUACCUGGUGCACUGCUUAUCCUGUCGAAAUGGUACACGCGCCGUGAACUCACGCUGCGGAACGCGAUCCUCUUCUGCGGAAACUUGAUCUCAAAUGCCUUCUCUUCCCUAGUCGGCGCUGCCGUACUGGGAAACAUGGAAGGAACCCUUGGCCACCGCGCCUGGAGAUGGCUGUACUGGAUUGAGGGCGCAGCAACGAUGCUCAUCGCCAUUUCCGCCAUCUUCAUCCUCCCCGAUCUCCCGCACAACUCGAAAGGUUUCACCGAGGAAGAGCGCGCCGUCGCCGUCCUGCGCAUGACUGAGGAUGUCGGCGAAGCAGAUGAAGAUUCGGCUGAGCAAUCUGCUUUCGCGGGUUUCUUCAUGGCGGUCAAGGAUCUCAAGAUCUAUGUUAUGAUGCUCACGUUCACGGCAUACGUAGUUGGACUGUCGUUCAACGCCUUCUUCCCUACGCUUACACGCACCCUGGGUUUCGGCUACAUCACCACGCUGCUCAUGUCCGCGCCGCCAUGGGCCUUCGCGUGCGUCGUCUCGCUCAUCAACGCGUGGCAUGCAGACCGGCAGCAAGAACGUUUCUGGCACAUCGUGUGUCCAAUCAUGCUUGGUAUCGUCGGAUUCGUCAUCUCGAUGGCCACCUCAAACACCGCAGGCCGCUACGUCGCCCUCUUCCUGCAAGCCUCCUCCUACGCCGGCUUCAUUGUCUUCUACUCCUGGAUCUCCUCCUCGUUCCCGCGUCCCCCCGCCAAGCGCGCCGUCGCCAUCGCCAUGAUCAACGCGUUCUCGCAGCUCGGCAAUAUUGCUGGGAGUUAUGUGUGGAAUAUGUCGGAUAAUGGGUACAGGAACAGCUAUGGGGUUGUUACGGCGAUGUUUGGGGUUACGAUUGCGGGAUGCUUUGUUUUCAGGGUUAUUCUAGUGAGGUUGAAUAAGAGGUUGGAUGAUGGGACGGAUGCGUGGGUUGUGCAUGGGGAUGUGGCGGAGCAGACGGCGGCUGUGGAGGGGGUUAGUGUUGAGGAGGGGAGGAAGCAGAUGGGUGAUUUUAGGUAUCUUGUUUAG